AUGGCUUCCUUCCAAGAUCGUGCCCAGCACGCCGUUGCCCAGCUCGACAAGGAGCUGUCCAAGUACCCUGUCCUGAACAACCUUGAGAGACAGACCUCCGUCCCUAAGGUCUAUGUCAUCCUUGGUCUGGUCGGUGUCUACACCUUCCUUGUCUUCUUCAACAUCGCUGGCGAAUUCCUCGUCAACAUUGCCGGCUUUGUCCUUCCUGGCUACUACUCGCUCCAGGCCCUCUUCACCUCGGGUACCGCGGAUGACACCCAGUGGUUGACUUACUGGGUCGUCUUUGCCUUCCUGACCACCGUUGAGAGCGCCAUCAGCGCCGCUUACUGGUUCCCCUUCUACUACAUCUUCAAGUUCGUUCUUGUGCUCUGGAUGGCUCUCCCCCAGACCAGCGGUGCCCAAGUUGUCUUCCACUCCGUCCUCCAGCCUCUGGUUGGCCGCUUCUUCACCAGCAACGGCACCUCCGCCAACCUCCGUGCUCAGGCCGAGGCUGCUGCCAAGACCCACUCGUCCUAA